AUGUGCCCUCCAGUCAGCAAGCGGUAUGUGGCGGAGGGCCUGUCCUACCUCUAUGUGUCCUGGUUGUACCAGCUUCAACAUGGCAGCCAGAUAAGGCUCUGCUUCGCUUGUUUCAAGGUUGCCUUUCUGGACUUUAAACGGAUGCUGGAGUCAGAAGACUGGGAAGAUGAAGACUGGGACUCUGAGCUGAUGGACGAUUCCGAGGUGUGGUCUGAGCAGGGGUCAUCCCCGGGGAUGGGGCCAAGCUGGGGGCAGGGCCAAGGGCAGCCUGCACAGGGCGGGGCUGUGGGCUGGGGGUCAGGCAUCCUGGCAUCAGGCCCUGUGGAGUCAGAAGAUGUGGGCUUGCACAAUCACACUGUGCCCACCGAGCUGCAGCCUCAGGAUGCGGUACCUUUGGUCCUGGGUGCUGAAGAUGCUGACUGGACCCAGGGCCUUCCCUGGAGACUUGAGGGACUCCCUACCUGCUCCCACUGGCCAAGCCCCCUUCCUCCAUGGCGGGGGUUUUUCAAAGUGGACCUGCCCCUGGGGGAGCCCAUGGUACUGGAGCUGGGCACCACCCAAAACACGGACCCUGCUGAGACUAAGGCCUGGUUACUGGACCUGCAGGUCCUCUCCCUGGUGGGCUGCUGUGAUGUCAUCUACCUCCAGAAGAUGAAGCCAAGAAGGGCCUGGAGGACCCCAGGCCAGUGUUGGAAACUGCUGCUGGAGCCUGAUGAGUGGUGGGUGGUGAGACUCCAAGAUGUACCCCAGAUGCAAGACCUGCACCACUGGAAGCUAAGCAUUCUGGAAUCCUCGUCUUUGGAGCAGAAUGUAGAUCUUUUACCUGCGGACUCGGUCCUGCUUAAGAGGGGACUCACCAUCCUCUCUUUUUCAUCCUGGGCCAUGAGGGAGGCAGCGGAGGGGGACUCAGCCUCUAGGCCACAGUCCUCCGCCCAAGGAGGGGAUUCCAGCCCCAGUGGGCCCAGAAUGCCUGGGGAGAACCUGGCUGCUGUGGGAGCCUUGGCCCUGGGAGAGCUGCCACAUUUCCAGCCCCUCAACCCAGGGUCCCAGAACUGA